AGUCUGCCUCUCGUCAUUGCCGUAAGCCGGUGAUAAACGCUGGAGAUGGAGUUGGAGAACAUCCGACUCAGGCUCUUCUGGACGUUUUUCACCAUCCGAGAGGAGCUGGGCACCGUCAACGGGAUGACCAUCACGAUGGUCGGGGACCUGAAACACGGUCGCACCGUUCACUCUCUCGCCAAACUCCUGACGCAGUAUCGCAUCACGCUGAGAUACGUGGCCCCCAAGAACCUGCACAUGCCACCGGAGAUCUGCAGCUACGUGGCCUCCAAAGGAAUCAAACAGGAGGAGUUUGAGAGCCUGGAGGAGGCGCUGCCCGACACAGAUGUUCUGUACAUGACCCGGAUCCAGAAAGAACGAUUCUCCUCCGAGGAAGAAUACAGAGCGAUGUUUCUCCUUCUCAUUCUGUGUUUGAGAUCAACUCCACAAACAGAUUCAUCUUCUGGUUUAACGUCCCUUCAGCUGAAACACUCGGGACUGGACCCGGACUGGACCCGGACUGGACCCGGACUGGACCCGGACUGGACCGGACUGGACGGACCUUUAGUUUCUUUUUCCUGA